UGAGAGAUGAGUCGGACCCUCGCCUUGUGCCUGCUGACCGCAGCUUGCAGCGUGGCGCCCACACUGGGGCGCGGCAGCCGCGUGCUGGGGGGUGAGCCGGUGGACAUCUCGCAGGUCCCCUGGCAGGUCUCCGUGGAGUUCAUAGAGGCGCACAAAUGCGGCGGCUCCAUCGUCAGCCCCAGAUACGUCAUGACGACUGCGUGGUGCAUCGUGGGCGCCGCCGAGCCAAUCUAUUACGUGCUGCGGGUCGGUACGUCAACGCGUGAGAGUGGCGGCGCCACGUACACCGCUUCCGAUAUGUUUUGGCACGAGGAUUUCGAUUAUGUUACGACAGACAGAGACAUUGGUUUCUUCGAGAUCUCAGGUUCCAUCUCGUUUGAUGACAACGUUCAGGCCAUUCCUCUGGCGACUGAAGAGCUCGAGGCAGGCACUUCCGUGACGGUGAGUGGCUGGGGAAGCCUUCAACCAGGGGCAGACUACCCAGAGCAGCUGCACGCCGUCAACACGACUAUCAUCGACCGCUCCUCGUGCAACGACACCUACGAAGGCCUCAUUACGGAGAACAUGAUCUGCGCUGGUGAGCCCGAAGGUGGCAAAGACUCUUGCAACGGUGACAAAGGUGGUCCUCUGGUUGCGAACUCCACGCAGUACAGUAUCAUUUCGUGGGGGUACGGUUGUUUUUACCCACCAUACCCAGGUGUCUACACCAACAUCGUUUCCCUGCGCUCUUGGAUUAACGAAACAAUUGGCGUCUAACUAAUUCUAUGAUUUCUGCAUUCAGAAAGUUGCCUCAUGUAUUCACACACAAAUACAGACAUACACAGCCGUGUAUGACAAAGAUUAAUUUUAGACAUGCACAUUCAGCUAUGUCCAAACCUAUUUGUUCUGUUAUAAAAUUAUACUGCGUGUGAGCACCCAUCAGGAGAUAAAAGAUUCGCUGUCUUUUCCCUUGUUCAACACCAGGAACAAAAUACUAGCAAAAAAAAAAAAAAAAAA